ACAAUGUUUUCCUUGCCACCAUCGAUGAAGAGCAUGGGGAAUGACGCACAUCCUCCGUCGAUGCGUCUGCAUUAGCAUUUCCUUUUUUAAAAAAAGAGGCGUUAUUAUUUCCUCAGAUAUUGAAUCUUGUUUUGCCACAACAGUAGAUGCGACACCGAUUCAAUAUCUUGGAUCUGCAGAAUGUCCAAGAUCAGGCGAAAGGUUACAGUGGAGAAUUCAAAAACAAUAUCUGAUAGCAGCACUACCACCGCAUCCAGCAGCACCAGCAACCCUGCCGCCCCCUCGCGCCGACCCAGCGUGUUUGAACGACUCGGCCCGAGCACUGGGAGUAAUGCUGCUGAUAGUCACUGUAGAAAUUGGCUGAAGACUGGAAACUGCAGUUACGGCAACACUUGUCGCUAUACACAUGGAACUCAACCACGAGGCAAAGGAUUUAACUUUAGCCGGUCAGCGGAGAGACCCACAGGCGAUCUGCGGGAGAGGAUGAAGAAUAAAAGACAGGAUAAUGACCCAGAAAGCGUGAAGCGAGAAUUGGACGAGCACACAUCUCCUACAGGAAGACAGAGAGACUCUUCCAGAGGCCGACAUAGAGAAAAAGAGGAUAUCAAAAUUACAAAGGAGCGUACCCCAGCCAGUGAGGAAGAGCCCCCAGAGUGGGAGACAACUCGUGAGGAUUCUGAUAUUGGUGACUACGACUACGAGUUGUCCCUUGAGAUGAAACGUCAGAAGAUUCAACGUGAACUAAUGAAGCUGGAGCAGGAGAAUUUGGACAAGAGAGAAGAGAUGGUCGUGAAGAAAGACGAGACCGCCACCAAAACAAGAUCUACGGCUGUUCAAAAAGCUUCCCCUGAGCUGUUACCCUCGCGAGACCCCCCUUCACCCAGGAAGUCCAGUGGCUCCCCAAAACACAAAAGUGGAGUCAAAGGGUCUGGGAAGAAAGAGAAAAAGGCAUUAGCAUCCUCGCCUAUCACAGAAACUGCCAAAUCGAAAGGAUCUCACAGCAAGAAGAAAGGGCCUCGUACACCCAGUCCCCCCCCUCCAGUACCUCUGGACAUCCCUGUGGUUGGAAAGAAGCACAAAGGCAAGCACAAAAACAAAGAGAAGGGUGAGGAGAAGCAGAAAGAAGGGAAAGACAGGGGACGGGAUGCCGAAAAACACAAAGGACAAAACAAAAAGGAAAAACGCAGAGAUCGAUCAGACAGCUCCCAUAAGGCCAAGCGCUUGGUGACAUCAGAGGAACAAUCCGCUAGUGUGUCACCCCCUACCAGGAAGAAGUCCAUUUCCCCCAAAGCUGCUUCACAUAAGGCCGCCCUACUGGUGUCUCCGCCUCGCAGAUCUCCAUCUCCUCAACGCCGCCAGCGCACACCCACUCCGCCCCGCCGCCGCUCUCCUUCCUCUCGCUCCGACUCCUCCCCGCAGCGGCAUUCGACCUCACCUCGCCGCCGGCGCUCGUCAUCCCCCGCCUACCACCGCAGCGCCGCAGCUUCUUCACCGCCAAGGUCCCAGCGGUCUCGAUCUCCCGCCGUUUCCCAUGAUGCGUCUUCGCCCCACCGGCGCUCUGAUAGAUCAAGCCCUGCUCGGCGCCACUCGAGAGGUCGUGAGAGAAGCCGCGGCGACAGAGAGAGGAGUCCGCACACUCAGGAGCGCAGACGUGAGCGCAGAGAUGAGAGCCGAAGCAAGCGAGAAAAGGACAAUAACCGUGAAGACAGGGACUACGACACGGAGCAGGUCUUGUCUCGGGAUAGCCGUGACGACAGAGACUCCAGAGAAGCCCGAGAGCGACGGGAUGGUCGAGGACGGGACACAGCCAGAGAGCUUCGCGACCGCAGAGAUGUGAAGGAAACGAGAGAGAGCAGGACAGAAACUCGCUGCAGCCGAGAGUCACUUGAGCAUCGGGAUCGUGAGCGAGAGCGUGAGAAAGACAGAGACAGAGAGCGGGAAAAGGAAAGGGACCGAGAUAGGGAGAGGAUCGACACCCUCAGGAAGGAGGAAGCUGCCCAGGACGACAGGAAUUACGGGAGAUCUCAUGGACGUGAAGAAGGAGGAAGAGAAGGACGAGCUGAGACCAGAACGGACAGAAACGGACGAGGGAGGGGGCGUGAAAUACCUGACAAAGGCUCAAACAGGAACUCUCGAGGGUCCCAGCUGGACAGCAGCCAUGACAACUGGGAGUCACGAAGCGGCGGUGCACGUGAACGCAGCACAGAGAGGAGCAAUGCAUCAGAGCGAGACCGCUACGAUGGCGACAAGAGAGGAGAGCAGGCCCGAGACUCGUCAUACGACAGGAGAGGUGGUCACAGUGACAGAGACCGCAGAGAUAAUCGUGACAGAGAUCAAAGGGCAGCUUCUCCAAAUCGACACCAGAGAAGAUCCGAGGAGUCAGAGAGGGACGAGAGAAGGGAUGAGCGAAGGACAGACCGAGGAGAUGAGCGACGGGAGGACAGGACCAGAGACCGUGAGAGAGACAGGGAGCGAGAGCGGGAACGGGAGAAAGACAGGGAGCGGGAGAGGGAAAAGGAGCGAGAAAAGGAGAGAGAGGCUGAGCGGGAGCGUGCCAGGGAGCGGGAGCGUGAAAGGGAGAGAGACAGGGAGCGUGAAAGGGAGCGGGAGAGAGAGGAACGAGAACGGGAGAGAGAGGAGCGCGAGAGGGAGAGGAAGGAGCGUGAGCGGGAGAGAGAGCAGCGGGAGCGAGAGAGGCAGCGGGAAUGGGAGGAGCGAGAGAGAGGGAGGGAGGAAAGGCGAGAUAGGAGAGAAGAUGCCCGCGAUGACCGCGCCAUUCGAGAAACGCGGGACGAUCGCAAAACAAGUCGCAAGCGGCACAGGUUGGAGAGCAGCCCAAGCCCCCGACCUUCACCCAAGCGAGGGACACGUGACAUCAGUCCUGCAGACAGUGACGGCUACAUCAGCGCAGAUGAGAAAAGUGAGCGUCCAAUUGGCCGAGGACUGGCCAAGCUCCACCCACAGCCCCUCCUCCCCAGCCCUGUGUGUCUGCCUCCGAGUGACAGCACGGACAAGCAUCGCCUUUUGAGCCAGGUGGUGCGGCCCCAGGAGCCCCAGUUGCGCUCCCCAUCGAGGGCUACAGCGCCCGAUGACAAGCCUGGCCACUGGAAGGAUGAAGAGCGCCGAGCAGCAUCAGACAAGAGGGAAUUGCGCAGUCGCCACGAGGACCAGGAAGCCCGAGGCGAGCGCACCAGGGUGGGUGACCGACGAGGGGAUCAGGUGGCAGACACGCACUCAGACGCCCGUGGCCGAGGCAGAGACCUGCGAGACCCCACACCGCCUCCUGUUUCUGUGGCUCCUGGCGCCGACCGUGAAGACAGAGACGUCGCCGGCUCACAACCCCAAGAGGACAGCAAAAAGAAGACCAAAGCACUGAGGAAGGGCUUGAAGAAAGGACGCAAAGAGGAAAGUGAGGUGGCUGGUGGCAAAGGCGUAACUGAGCCUCCAACUGGUGCUACGAUGGGUGGGCCUCCAUCGCUACUUUCACCAAAGAAAGGAGCAAAAAAGAAGGUGCUUGAGCGAAAGAGAAAACGGUCACAUGGAGAUUCUGAUGCAUCUGAGGAGGAUUCUUCAGUGGCCCAACCCCAUAAUAAGAGGAAGAGAGGACCUCGGACACCGCCGCCAUCAUUGAGACCUGGUCAACGGGGCACUGGAGCCAAUGCUGAGCCCUCCCCACAGUCCAAAAUAGAUAACUUCAGUGACUGGUCAGAUGAGGAGGUCUCAGAUCGAGGUCAACUGGACUCUGCUCUCACUGAGCGAGCUCCAACUGAGCCUCUUCGUAGAGGUAGUGGCCCCAGGAUGGGCCGGGAAAGAGAGAGAUGCAACCCCCCACCCAUCGCUCCUCUGCUUCUGCAGGACCCUCCCAUGAUGCUGCAGACAUUAACGCCACAGCCCCUGAUGUCCCAGCCCCUUCUCCGCAAACCUCUCCCGGAGCAGCCACGCAGCAGCAGCAUGGGAAGCAACCAGAGCCGCACGUCAUCCAGACGGCCACGGUCCCCCUCCAAUGAGUCGGCCCACCGUGAUGACCUCCAAGGAUCACGGUCCCGCAGGGGCCGCCUUCAGGGCAGUAACGCACAUGACCGUGAAAGGGAGCGAGAACGAGAAAGGUUGGCAAUGAAUGACCCACCAGGAGCCGAAAGGAAAUCACGAAUCGACCAGUUGAGGCGAGGCGAACCUAGCCGCAGUACCUCCUCCGACCGCCAGGAUUCCCGCAGCCACAGCUCCAGGCGUAGCUCCCCCGACUCCGAGAGACAGGCCAGGUCCCAGUCUCGCGCCGGCUCCUAUGACAGUCGAGAGCGAGAUCGCGACAGGGAGCAAUUUGAUCGUGAACGCGACCGAAAAGACGUCCGGCAACAACAGCCAGGCCUGAUACUCCAACAGCCUCUUCAACAGCAGAGGGACUGGGAUCCCGAAACCAGGGAGUGGACUGGUAGGGGACGAGAGCCCCUGCUCAUGCGUCCCGGCCGUGAACCUCUUCUGAGGGAGAGGGACAUCCGGGACAGGGAACGCUUACUCCCCGAGGGACUCAUUCAGCAGCACGAGCGGGAACGCGAGAGAGAACGUGACAGGAGCGACAGAGAAAGGGAGAGAUUGAUGAUGCUGGCCUCUCCCUCCCACUCUGACACCAGAGCUGCGGCGCGAAGUGACCUGAUAAGACAAGACAGAGGUGACUAUGAGCCCCUCCUUCCAAGAGAAGUCUUCAGCCCACCAGAACCUGAGAAACCCAGCAACAGUCACCACGUGGCGGGCGAGCAGCCAGAGAUGGAGAGAAUAGACAGCAUUGAUGGAGAGGAUGAUGGGAAAGAAGAUGACAGCCAGUCGGUGGCAUCUGUUGGAGAGGAGUAUGAACCAAUCAGUGAUGAUGAGCUUGAUGAAAUUCUGGCUGACAGUCAGAAAAAGGAAGAGCAGCAGGAUGAGGAGAAAAUUGCAGGCCCUCUGGAUGUCAUCGAUGUGGACUGGUCCAGCCUGAUGCCCAGACAGAAACAGGAACCCAGGGCCGCCGGGGCAGCAUUGCUGCGCUUCACCCCAGGGGCUGUUCUCCUCAGGGCAGGUGUCUCCAAGCGACUUGCUGGGCCUCAGCUCUUGGAGAAGGUGAAAGAAGUGUGCAAGGCAGAGCUUGAUGACCCUAAAGAGGCCGACAAGCUAUUUGAGCACGACCUUGGAGCCUUAAACAUGGCAGCCCUGAACAGACGUGUAGAAAGGGCGGGUCUACUCAGCAACCUGGGGCCAUGCUGCAAGGCUCUGUGUGCCCGUAGGGACUUGGCCAUCCGCAGGCAGCUGUUGAAAAAUGACAAGGGCCUCACCAAACAGUAUCCCAUGAACCCUGUGGUGGACAGUGAGCUGCUACAAAUGAGCAUGCGUCUUUUUAGGAAAACUAUGGCCGGUCAGGUUUCUGCUCCAGAAAGGUCAGACAGUGGGUCCGACCCAGCUCCUGAACCGAGCUUGCCAGCGCCACCCAUUGUGGCACAGCCAGAAGUUUGCGUGUCCUGAAGGAACAUAUGAACAUAAUUGCUUAUGAGCCCAAUCUCUCUCGUUUCAUCACAUACGCCAUGUUUUAGUAGGAAAUGAACACACAAAAAAUGUGAAGCAUUAUUUAGGUUUUAAAUGUUUUGCAUGUUUUCCGUGGCAUAGAAGACCAGUCCUUUCAGCCUGGUGGAUGGCAUGUCAUGACCUUGGUACAAGAAAUGUUGACACACCUUUUAAAAAAACAAACAAAAAAAAAAACAUAAGCUUUUUAGUGCUUUUUAAAGCCUGUUUUGAGUUUUAUUGUCAGCGUCACCUGCCUUAAGUCAGUGUUUGCAUACAUUGUGCAUUUCUUUCAUAAAGUGGUGCAGGCAGCAGAAGUUUGGGGGAAAAAAUGCAUCUUCUAUGUAGAAGACAACAAAUGUCAGUGUUCAAAGGCUAUAUUUUUUCUUGUUUGACAUUGCAAACAUUACUUUUGAAUGACAAAUAUGAUGUACCCCAACAGUGAAAAUAAAUCCUAAACUGAUUCAAAAAGAAUUUAUUUUCCUAGAUAUUUUUAUAACAAUUUUGAUUCAUCUGGACUAUGAACAGUCGUGUGCGUCACCGCAGGUUAUAACUGUGCGUUAAAUUGCUUACCUGUUAUUUGUGGGUCGGUCUUUGUAUGACAUUUCUGCCUUCAAAUGUGACACUAGUGAUGUCUUACCUGCAGCAACUCAAUCAAUUCUGGUAUUCAGGUACAGUCCAGCUACUCUGAAAUGUUUGGCCAGGAUAUGAGACAUGUUGCUCUUUCUUUUUAUUGUAUUUUCUUUUCUGGUGUGGUUUUGCUCUGGAAGUACUCUUAAGUCCCUGCAAUGCCCUGAACUGGAGUGUGAGCUUGUACUGUUGUACACAGAGUACCACUGGCACACUGGAAACCCUCAUCAGUCUUCACCAUCCAGGAAGAGACACUAGAAUGCUUCGGUAAUCCUGACCGAAAGCGUCCUCCCAGAGAACUUCACAUGUUUUCUGUAUUCUCAUGGUUGACCAUCCAGUGACAAUUAAAAAAAAAAAAAGAAAAAAAGACUUGUACAGCUGGAUAAAUGGACCUUGCUUUUUUUCCCCUCAGUUGGUGCUGCAGCUCAAAUCCAUUGGACCAUCUUCACUAUUGCCUCCCAUCAGUCUGACCGAACAAUAACAAUCAUAAUUUUUGUCUUGGAUUCCACAUGGUGCCUCUUUCCAUGAGUCUUGAAUUCACUGUGAAACCAGAAAUGUCUAUUCACAUUGCUUCCCGGUUUACUUUUCUCAGUCAAUAUGGAAUGUGCACUUAAAAACACAAAUAAUCAUAAACAAAUAAUAAUAAUAAUAUUGGACCCAUUCCACUUGCAUAGACAGGUAAGCUGCCACAACAUUAGAUUUCCUAUUGACCAUUACACUGCUGGAAAAAAUAAAGGAAA